GCCGAGCGCACAGAGAUCUGCGCACACAGGAGAUAUCACAGCCAAGCACCGACGAGAGCAGCUCUCAUCCCGCGGCAAAACCACUGCAUGUGCACUGCUUUAUCCUUCUGGAAAUAACACAGUCAUUUGAAAUAGACGUUCAAAGAAAGAAGCAAAGUAUUAUUAAGAAGAGAAGACAGAAGAAUGGGGCAGAUAACGCCAUUGAUAUUGAUGAUUUUAUUGUCUUAUUGCGUCUGGAGAGAUGAGGCUGUGGGCAUAUCUGAGGUGAAUGGACCGGUUGGUGGUCCGCAUGUGGCUGAACCUCAGAUUGCGAUGUUUUGUGGCCGUCAACUUCUACACAUGAACACUGAGACUGGACAUUGGGAACCAGAUCCUCAAGGACGACAGGGAUGCUUCACCCAGCCCAGCAAGAUCCUGUCAUACUGCCAAGAGAUGUAUCCAGAGCUGCAGAUCUCUCAUGUGGAAGAGUCCUCAUCUCCAGCAACCAUCCAGGGCUGGUGUAAGAAAGGCUGGGGUCACUGUCAAACCCGUACCUUCAUUGUUGUGCCCUACAGAUGUCUGGUUGGUGAAUAUGUAAGUGAAGCGCUGCUGGUUCCAGACCGCUGCCGUUUCCUGCACCAGGAGCAGAUGGACUCUUGUGAGAGUUACGUGUACUGGCACAACAUUGCCAAAGAGGCAUGCACAGCUGACAGUCUGGAGUUGCAUAGUUACGGGAUGCUGUUGCCAUGCGGUGAACGUUUCCGUGGGGUGGAGUACGUCUGUUGUCCGGGCAGGGCGGGAGCGAGUGGACGUGGUGAGACAGAGACAACAGAUGCUGCACAAGAAGCAACACCCCUUGUGUCCAUGGCUGGAGAAAAAGUUGUCACCGGUGUAAAAACAGUGCCAACCACACCCAGUCCCUCUCCUGUCACUGACAUUGAGGAAGAUGACAUGGAGGAGGAAGAGGAUGAGAUAGUGGAGGAAGAGGCGGAGGAGGAAGAGGAAGAAGGAAAUGAUGAAGCAGCAGAUGAUGUAGAGGAACCAGAAGAGGAGGAAACUGCCACCACAGCAAAAGAUCAGGAGGAAUAUGAGUAUCCAAUCGACUCCCAUUUCCAGGGCCAAGACUACAUGGACAACUUCUACUAUGAUAAGAAUCUCCAGACCACCAAAGCAUCCACCCAACCACAGACACGGGUGGACAGCGUAGUGCCCACUUCUCGUCCUACAGACGGUGUUGAUGUGUAUUUUGAGAUGCCGGGUGACGACAGCGAACACGCCAACUUUUUGCGUGCUAAGAUGGACCUGGAGGAGCGGCGAAUGAAACGCAUCAAUGAGAUCAUGAAGGAAUGGGCAGAGGCUGACAACCAAUCAAAGAACCUGCCAAAGUCAGACCGACAGGCUCUGAAUGAGCAUUUCCAGUCAGUUUUACAGACUCUUGAGGAGCAAGUAGCCGGUGAGAGACAGCGAUUGGUGGAAACACAUCUGGCCCGUGUGGUGGCUACGCUGAAUAACAACCGCAGACUGGCACUUGAAAGCUAUCUGAGCGCAGUGCAAAGCGACCCACCACAGCCCGAGCGAGUGCUUCAGGCUUUAAAGCGUUACAUGGCUGCAGAGCAGAAGGACCGGAGACACACGCUGCGUCAUUACCAACACAUCGAGUCUGCCGACCCUCAGAAAGCCGAGCAGAUGAAAUUCCAGGUGUACACACACCUGCAUGUGAUCGAGGAGAGGAUGAACCAGAGUCUGGCUCUGCUAUAUAAAGUCCCCGGCCUGGCCGAGAAACUUCAUGAUGAAAUCCAGGAGUUAGUGAAAACAGAGCGAGGUGACAUCAGUGAACUUAUGACCACUUCCUUCUCUGAGACACGGACAACAGAGGAGCUUCUUCCUGCUGAGAGUGAGGAAGAGAGAGAUGAUGAAGAGGAAGAGGAGAGAGCUUUCCAGAACCGGCCCUACCCACCACGCAUCGAACCCCAGCCAAAUGAAAAGAAAGUUUCCUCAGUGGAUGAAUAUGAUUACACCACAUCUGAAAGAGGACCAACUUAUGAAUAUGAAGAAAAAAUCAACACAUCAGUAGAACUGAAGCAGGUGGUCUACAAGUCUCCAGGAAUUCAAAGAGAUGAGCUGCAGCCGGAUGUUUUGGAGACGUUUAACCGUGGAGCGAUGGUGGGGCUUCUGGUGGUUGCCGUGGCCAUCGCCAUGGUGAUGGUCAUCAGCUUGUUGCUAGUGCGCCGUAAGCCGUAUGGAACCAUCAGCCACGGCAUAGUAGAGCAGGUCGACCCUAUGCUUACUCCAGAGGAGAGGCAGCUCAAUAAGAUGCAGAAUCACGGCUACGAAAAUCCCACUUACAAAUUUUUCGAGCAAAUGAACUGAAGAGAGCCCUGCAGUCUCAAGGCCAUGCCCUCCCCCUUGCCUCCUGUUUUUCGAUUGGGGUUUCCAUGGCGACCCCACUCUCCCCUGUACUGUAUGUAUGUGUAUAUGACCGAUGUUAAAAACGUACCCGGCACGUAAAUAAGGAGUUUGUAGUGAAAGCGUCUGCAUACUGCUCUUUCAUCAGGGAGAGAAAACCAAUAGGAUAUUUGGCAGAAAAUGAAAGCCCCCUCAUAACCGGUUUUUGCUUUCGUGAGGGCAUGGCCACACCAAGCAUGUUCAGUGGCUUCAUAUGCCGAACGAAUCGUGUGUUUCACAGAAGCUAAAUCUGUUUUGAUGUGGUUUGUCCGUUUUAUUUUCAAGGCCGAGUUUUAUUUUUCAUGGUGAAACUGUGAUAUGAAUUAAAUGAUAUAUUUUGGAGUUCAAAGUUUAGGCCCUCUUAGACGACUAUCCGCUACUUAUAUUGUUUCAGUAAGACUUCACAAUGAUGAUAAAAGGUUUGUAUUCAUUAAUAACUCGACCAUCUGACACACCGGUAGAUUAUUAGUCUCCAUCACACAACUGUUUCAAUGUACCACAAACGUUCAUCUAACAAUACUAUCCAAAGUUUCGAAUAUUUUUCUGGUAUUGCCGAAAUCUUAAGUAAUCCGAAGUCCAUAAACGUAAAGAAAAAGCAUGCGAAAUUUGGUGUAUGAUGCUAUAACGUAAUUGUGUUGGUCCUGUUUCUUGCUUUUUGAUGAAAAUAUCACAGUGCAACAAUGACGUGUACAUAACUAAAGACGUAAGUAAAAUAGACGUUUCUAUCAUUAAUUUGUAUCGAUGCAACGCGUGGACGUAAAGAUGUGCUGCUCGGAAAGAGAAACAUUUCUUAACAUGGCUGAAUGAAAACGGACUGUUGUAUAAACCAGCACAAGACACAGUAACUCUCGACUGAAUGUAUAUUUGGUAAACAUAGGCUCCAUUCACGUUCUCCUAACUUUUACGUCCACACUUUUAAUUAAAGUUUCCUACAAUGCGGUUAGUUCGUAGGUUCGUUCGCAUAUUAGUUGUCAUUUACCUGUUGAGACCUGUUGUAUUACAUACCUUAAACUAAACGUCUAUAUGUAACAUGACAAGUUCAAAUUGCGAAACUAGUUUGAGUCUUUAAUUCUUGAAAAUCACAUUUCAAGUUUGUUUUUAAUGUUAAAGGGUUAGAAAGAUGUUUGUCUAAUGCAUUUCAGUUCUAGUUCAUGAUAGAAAUUGCGGAUUAAACAUGUCUUGCGUGUCUCGCUGUGAAACAUAGGUUUCAGUAACAUAAACGCAUAUAGUUAGCCUGCUGUAGAGAGGACAUGUCUUGUUUUCAAUCUUUUUAUUAGGAAGAAGACAUUAUCAGCAAAACCAAAAUGUGGGCCCUGUACAUUCCGAAACUUUUAUUCUUUAGUCCAAAAUAACACUUUUAUAUAAACAUAACUAAACAGUAAUCACUCCAAAUAUAUAUUUCAGGAAAAAGUCCACACUUGGUUUUUCCACAUCGUACAAUAUUUUUCCUCCCUAUUUUAUGUUGGUACUCAAUACGUUAAGACUAAAAAUGAUGUCAUACCACAGAAUACACAUUUAUCCUCACACACCAUCAUUAAAAAAGCAACGGUUCAGGUUAGAUUGAAAUGGUUUUGUUGUUGAAGGUAUGCGACGAGUGUGAUGAGUUUAUGAUUUGUUACCAGCAUCAGGCAGAUUUAUAACAGUGUAUUCUGUAGGUAUUAAAUUAGUUUGGAUGCAUUUUUUUUUUUUUUUGACUGAGAUGAUAACCCCUCACCCCGAGGAAUGACCCCUCCCUCUUUCCUGUCCUGAACCAAUAGAAAUGUAAAAAGUUACAGAUGUUUUAACUGCUGCAUUAUUGCCUUUUUCAAUGCUGUGUUUUGGAUGUAAUUAUAUGUAUUUUUUAUUUAAGUCAAUAUUAAUUGGAGUUUGGGUCAUUUGCUGUGUAGAUUUGAAAUUUCCCAAUAUCGAAUGGGUCAACUCAACAUCAUGCUUGAAAACUUAACAGUCUGUUAUAAUUGAGGUGUAUAGCCAAGCACAACUGUAUCCAGUUUGACAGUUUGAGUUUUUCUAAACGUUGUUUUUGUCUUGCCGAAUUCAUUACUGAAGAAUAAAUGAAGUCCAAGAUGGAAACACAUUUAGCAAAGAAUGUUGUGUUAGACAUCAUUCAUUGCCCAACUUUAUCUUUCAAAUGACUAGCAUGGUAAUAUAUUGAAGAUAAAGCUUAAUAAUGUAAAAUAAUCAGUUUAAUUUAGAAAGAAUUUCCCUGAAUUUGUCGUUGCUUCAGAUGUCAUUAAACUUCUGCAACCAGUGCAGAAAUGUAAGCUGAUAUCAGAUGUGAUCAUCACCAAAGAAAUGUCCGGAUGUGAUUGGAAGAUGAAAUAAUGUGUCCUGUUUUCAUGAAAUAAUUGACAUAUUGUAGAAGCAAGUAAUCUGUGAACUGAUCUGACUUGUUGUACUUAAAAUGAUAAUAAAAUUAUAAAUGACCCACA